CAACCAUACUGAAACACUCAGUGAAACCACACGUGGGUCUCUGCUCAGGGGGAGCCAGCGCUGCACAGGGACAGAGAGCCGGAGAAGGAGUGUGCAUGUGUGUGUUUGAGGAAGCAAGACGUGGAUUUCAGCUUGGAUGGGAUGCGAGGACAAACAACAAGUUUAACCCUUCAGGAUCAAAACUUUCAGAGUCCGUAGUGGCAAAAGCAAUGUGAUACUGGAGUGCAACUUGUACUAGAGGAAACAAGUGCAGGACUGGAGAGAUCCAUGUAUUACGAACUCUAGAAUCUUGCAAGCAACAUUUGAGAUCCGCGUGGAGAGGUUCGGAGGUUUUCAGCGAUGUCUUUCGCGAUGGUACGACCGGCUCCCAGCCGAUACCUGUAUUCGGAGAUCUCAAUGAUGUCAGAGGACGAUGAAAACGGCAGCGAGAGCUCAGGCUCAGACGAUCGCUCGUUUCGACUGGACGGCUCCGGGUACGAGCUUAAAGUUGGAAGAAAGCGGAAACCUGGUGUAGGAGGUGGUGGACGGCUAAUAGGGACACCACCCAACACCACCGGGAUAAUUGGACCUGUGAUAGAGGGCCGUCAACGCAAUGCAGCCAACGCGCGGGAGCGGGAUCGCACCAACAGCGUCAACACCGCCUUCACCGCAUUGAGGACUCUCAUCCCAACGGAGCCCGCCGACCGGAAGCUGUCCAAGAUCGAGACCUUGCGGUUGGCGUCCAGUUACAUCUCCCACUUGGGAAACGUUCUGCUCGUGGGCGAAGCUUGCGGGGACGGACAGCCGUGCCACAGCGGAGGGCCCUCAACCUCAAACUACUACCACCACCACGGCUCACCGAGCCGGGACUCGGAGAACUCGCAGCCCAAACAGAUCUGCACGUUUUGCCUCAGCAAUCAGAGGAAACUGAGCAAAGACAGAGAGCGGAAAUCGGCCCUAAGGAGUUAAGCCACGAAGUGAAUGGAUUUACAAAACAACAUCAUCACCAAUGUACAAAAGCUGUUGACUGCAAAGCGCAAUGUUGUGGUGUAUAUAUGCAAAUAUCAAUUCAUAUUUAAUUAUUUGUGAAUCGCCGUUGGACUGGAGCGUUUUUUUAUUGGAGAAAUAAACAUGUACGACUGGAAAAAGACCAGACUGCAGCGACUUGAUUAUGCAAGAGCUGAACAUCCCGCCACAGACUUCAUCUGUUUCCACCUUUUCUGUGCACACACCAAAUGUUUAUCUUUGAGCACAGGGAGUUGAGGUAAAGCUAUUCACCAAAGACUUUUUGAAUAAAAGGACUGUAUUGACAAGGUUGCAAAUGAUCACAUAAUUUUCCCAGGAGACAAAACGUACGGAGCCAAGCUUUGCAAAUCAAUGACGGAACAUCUUCCUGUAUUCCAAAUCAAAGAGGAUCUUGGGACAGAGCGCUCAUAUUGAGGACAUGAAUGGAUGCGAAUUGAUAUGUGGCUCGUUAUUUCUUACAAAAGACACUUAGCCUGACUAUGAAAGCGCAAUAAAUUCCAUAAAUGCAGUAUACUGUAAGUCUAAUAUGGCAAAUUACAUAUAUUCUUCAUUGUUUAAAUU